AUGUUGAAGUUGGGCAAUGGGGAAGAUUUCAGUCCCAAAUAUGGGAUAUGGAACUUCGACAACAACAAAUUUGUGCAACCUGUUAAAAUAGUGAAUUGGGCUGUGGUAAACUUUUCUGCUAAAUGGGAUGUGCAAGGACUCGUGAGGGAUCUGACAAAAUGUGGAGGAAUGAAAGGCAUUGAUAUUGAACAACCUCUUGGUAUAUAUGAAGAGGAAACGGACGUCCAGUUUAGCGGUGCAUUACCUGUGGAAAGAGUUACGAAAAUUGUUGAAGCGUGUUCAGUCCAAACAUCCAAAGAAUUCUGCUUUUGGCUCUACAGGACUAGGACUGCUUGUCUUCACGGAAUCGUCCAUUCAUACGCCGCUGCAGAUGAGAUGGUUGGAUUAUCAUUGUUCGAUGGAUCUAACGACUGUUAUUUUCAUUCUGGUACCUUUUCACGCUGCUAG